ACCAACGAACAGCGCCGUGCAAGACAUACCCAAUAACACUGCGAUCGUCGACAGCGGAACCAUGUUCAUGCAACCAAUGUUGGUUUAGUAGCAGGAAUUCGAUCUCUUGCACUUUGAUUUCGCGUACGCAUCUGCCUUAGCCUCUAAGUUCGAUAUCGGCUCGACGCCAACAGCAACAGCGGGUCUAGUCACAGCAACAAAGAUGUUACCGCAAUCAGAUCUCUCAAAAACAACAGCGUCACCGCUGGAUCAAAUGCAGGUCGCCUCCGCGACGUCGUCACCAGCUGCAACAACCUCCGAAGCAGCUACGAGCUCCUCGAAACCCGGUCUCAGUACCGUCGCCAAAGCAGGCAUAGGUUCCGCCGCAGUCGUUGCAGCGACACUACUAUUGGCUGCCAUUGAAUUUGUACUAUAUAAGAGAUCGCUCCAUAAUAAGGCAGGACUAGACGGGAAAGCUGCUGAAUUGAAUGAACAGCAGGAGUUUGUGAAAGCUAGCGUGGAUAGGAUUUAGCAUGGACUGCGUGCGAGGAGCGGGUAGGCGGUU